AUGAGCAUUAUCGCCGCCGUCACCAUCGUGAUGGUCGCGAUUCUGAGCGGCGCCACAACUGGCGCCGCAGCAAAAGAGGGUUCGGGUGGCGUUUGCAGAGUCUCGGUGAAUAAGGGCAGGAAUCACUCCCGUGUCGGGACUUUUCCUGGUGACGGAGAGCCGAACCCGGACAAUGGCGAGGAGGACGAUGAUGGUGAUCCUGGUGCGGGAGACUUAGGCUAA